UGUUUACAGGGACGCCUGGCCUGGCCUGGCUACCCACAAUCCCCGGCAGAAACGUCAAGCCGCCCAGACGUGGCACACACCUUCCUUGUAGUGGAGCCUCUGGACACUCCGAAAUGGGCCUGACUUUGUCAACAGUAUUCUCCCGCCUGUUUGGGAAGAAGCAAAUGAGGAUACUAAUGGUUGGCUUGGAUGCUGCAGGCAAGACCACAAUUCUAUACAAACUAAAGUUAGGAGAGAUCGUCACCACCAUCCCAACAAUUGGGUUCAACGUAGAAACAGUGGAGUAUAAAAAUAUCAGCUUCACGGUGUGGGACGUCGGUGGACAGGACAAAAUCCGUCCGUUAUGGAGACACUACUUUCAAAAUACUCAAGGACUCAUCUUUGUGGUUGACAGUAAUGACAAAGAAAGAAUCACUGAGGCCAGUGAAGAACUUGCAAAAAUGCUGCACGAGGAUGAGCUGCGAGAUGCUGUUCUGCUGGUCUUUGCCAACAAGCAGGACCUUCCCAACGCAAUGACAGCCGCUGAACUCACUGACCGCCUCGGACUGAAUCAGCUAAGGAACCGAAGGUGGUACAUCCAGGCAACGUGCGCUGUGCAGGGCCAGGGGCUGUACGAGGGGCUGGACUGGCUAUCGACUGAGCUCUCCAAGAAGUAAUUAAUCACUGGAGAGACAGAAUGAAAGGAACUGGGGGGCCCUGUUGAGCUUGAAUGGAUAUAACAUUUAUGAGCACUUUUACCAGAAGAUAUUUAUUGUUUUCUUUAUAUUUUUGUCUUGGGAAGAUUCCACUCUGAAUAAUCCAGCAGCUGGGAUAGGCUACAUUCCUUGUUGCUAUGAUUUAUUGACAGAUUUUCAUAGUUUGUAACUUCCUAAUAAACAUAUUUGACAAC